UAAACAAAAAUAAUGGCCGAUAAUGACGAGGAAAGCGAACUAAGACAUGCCGCAGAAAGAUGUGAUAUUCUCCUGAAAAUAAAAUCCACCAUUGAUGGUUUGUUAGCCAGUGGCUCGCAUAUUACUUGGUCUACCUACGGAGGUCUUGCAAGGAUUUCCGACAAUGUCGAGCAGGUUUUAACCCAUGGGUCUCGGAUUGUUGUGAGACAAUCCCGUAACAAACUUGGCGCUACUGAUCUGUUGAGCUGUUUAAUAGAGAUCAGUCGAAAAAGAGACAGCGGAGAGGAUAAUAUUAACAGUGUCAAUCAAUGGAUUCAAAAAUCAUUGUUGAAUCACACUUUAUCUCGAAAUUUAGUUGCGUUCACAAAUAAGAAAAAACGUAUCAAGAAAUACUAUUACAAGUUUGCAUUCCUCCGAAGUAUUUCGCAUUUUCAGGCCUUACAACACUGCUUAAGAGCUAUUGAAGAAGAUAAUCCACUGCUUCCUACAACUAUUGAUUAUACACUGUUAAAUAAAGAAAGAUAUUUAGAAGUUUUUCGAAAGAAAUUUUGUGAUCAUGGUUCUUUAAAUGAUGACAACUCUUCGUGCGACUCCAUGAGUGAGAAUGAUGAACCCGACGUACGGUCUGAUCGUGUACCAAGUACAGCGUCUAACGCAUCUUCCUCGCAGGGCUUUCAGAAAGACAGACCAAGUGUAUCGGAGGAUCCAGAACUCCCGUCAUUAAACGACGGCCGAGACGAGAUCUUCGUGCCUAAGUCCUCCCGUCUUAGUAUAACACAGAAGACUAAGCCCAAGUUUGAUGAAACAGUUCUGGCUACUGCAGCAUUCACAGCUGCCACUGAGCCUGUGGAUGUUCAAAAUGAAGUGAGGUGGUUCGAAGGAGGUUUACCUACGAAACCUUAUGAAGACGGCAAUACUAAAACACUACUACGGAAUGCCCAAACCGAGUCAGAAAGACUUCUAAGAAGACCUAGCAAGGAUUCGAUAUCCUCAAACUCGACGAUCGAAAGUUUGACUUUUGACUCGAGAAAUAACGAGGGCCAAAAUACGACAGGACUGAGCGAACAUGAUAAGAAAAAGAAGCUGGGUCAUUAUCGAUCAAAAUCUGAUCAAUUUCAUCGUUUUCGGCCAUUUGGAACAACAAGGCAGCCAUUUUUCGAUGACGGAGGACACAAUGGGUCAAAAAGUAACAACGCGGACACAUUUUCGACAUCUCUACCAACAAACUCCGAUGUUGCAGGUAGCGAAGAGUUUUACGGCAGUAGUUUAGGAUUGCCACAUUCAUCUCGUUCAAGCGACAAUCCUGUUCUUGGUUUUCUGUCGUCAAGGGAGUAUGACUCGUGUCAGGAGUUUGAUCGUGAAAACGCGCAUUUUAGUAUCUCCGAGGCUCUUAUCUGCGCCAUUGAACAGAUGAAAUACGAGAGUGGUUAUUCAGACCUGGUUGACGAUGAUGACGGUGAAAGUGACGAAGAGAUCAAGCAACUACGCGCUGAAAUCAGGAAGAAAAAAUUGGCGAGGAAACAAUCAAAAAAGGAAGAGACGGUGUCUUCUUCUAGCAAGACUGGCACUAGCAUAUCAUCCGGAUCUCCUGGGUCUAGCUUUUCAUCAAAGGAAAUCUCGAAAUCAGUCGACAGUGACUACAAUUCAAGUAGUGAACUUGCCAGUCCUGAAAGUAACAAUUUAAACAAGCGUGUAGAGAAACAAAAUAUGAUUCCUUCCAAGAUUUCAUUAGACACUUCAUCACCUCUCGAGACAAGUGGUUCUCCGAUCUCAGCUGAGCAGGUUGCCUUAUGUUUACUGGAGAAAGUUGCUUCAAGGAAAAACUUGACUUCAGAAGAUUUAAAGUGGAUGGUCUCAGAACAUGAUGUUCCACAGAGUUUGUUACCCCUACCCACCGCCGUUCCCGUUUCACCUGAUGACGAGUUGUACGAUACGACUGAAAAUUUCAGUAGACGAACAUCUUUACCAUGUCGUCUGAGAGGAAAUCUAGAGUGGGCUCCUCCGAGACAGCAAAUUAUUUUCAGCAUUCCAUCUAAUCCAAAACGAAAGGAGGCGAUGACAAAGCAAGGAUAUCGAUGUGCUGGAUGUGGAAUGCGUGUUGAACCAGGAUACGUGAAAAAACUCCGCUACUGCAACUACUUAGGAAAAUAUUUCUGCUAUACUUGUCGAUCGUCAACAACGACAGUCAUCCCUGGUCGUAUUAUUCAGAGAUGGGACUUCAAAGAAUAUGAAGUGUCUACUUUUGCUCGUGAUUUGCUUAGUAGAGUGCACAACGAUCCGCUGUUCAACAUUCAGGCCAUCAAUAAAACGUUGUAUAAAAAAGUGAAGGAAAUCGACGGUGUUAAGCAUUUACGCCUUCAACUGCAUUACCUUGCGUCAUUUCUCCGAACUUGUCGAUACGCUGUUAAGUUGUUGGAACUUAUAAAUGCGUUACCAAAUUACAUUAUGGACGAUAUUCACUUAUAUUCAAUCCGUGACCUUCUGGAGGUUAAAAGCGGUGUAUUUCGUGAACGUCUUGAACAAGCUGUAAACAGUUCGCUGGAUCACGUUUCGACGUGUCAGUUGUGUCUAGCCAAGGGCUUCGUUUGCGAGUACUGCAAAAACGGUGAAGAUAUAAUUUAUCCAUUUGAAGUGAAAAGAUGUAGUCAAUGCCCGGAUUGUGGCUCUUGCUAUCAUCGUGAAUGUUUCGUUGAAGGAAAGUGUCCCAAAUGUGAAAGAUUAUUAUUACGGAAAAAAGCCGCAGAGGUUUUCAACUUUCUGCCGGACGAAGAUGAAUUCACGUAGCCAUAAAUCUAUUUCUAUAUGAAGAAUAUACAAUUUGGUUUUUAAAAAAUCAUUUUGAUAUAGUUUUUCUUAUAUCAAUUCAGUAAAUAAUGCACAAUUUGUUACCCAUGCAGAACAAUUUUGUUAACAGCUAUGUAUGGAGCUAAACAUGCACAAAAGACAUACAGUAUAAAUUUAGCAUACGUUUUAUACCAGAGUUUUUCAAAAAAUUGAAAUCGGGAAUACGUGAUGUUUGUAUAUGGUUGAGGCAACCACAUGUGAAAAUAAUACUGAUGCGCAACCUAUUGUUCACUGGCUCAGAAAAUAAAGUGAAUUAAAUUAUCGAUCGUAAGACAAGAUUCGAGAUUACAAACAAAAAUUACUAUAUGGAUUGUUACGUUAUUUAAUUUUAUGUGGAAUAUCUAAUGGAUAUAUUUAAGGC